AUGCUAUACAUUCACAUUCUGUCCCUUCCCUGCGUCCUUCGUUGCAGUAGAGCUGCUGCCUCUUGGACACAGGAGGACGGAGCACCGAACCUGAGGGCUAUCCUCACCAACACCAGCAUAAAGUGGUCCUCCAACACUAAGAUUUCGUUUCCUGGUGAUGGAGACUUCAUAAACGCGACGACUAGAUGGACGGUCUUCCGUCCCCCGACAUACCAAGCUGCUGUAUCACCGGCAACAGAGCCAGACGUGAGCACCGCUAUUCGAGUGGCAAGUGAGAAUAGCAUCCCCUUCCUAGGCACAGGAGGUCGCCAUGGGUAUGGGACCACUCUGGGAAACCUUCAGGGUGGCCUUGCUCUUGAUCUGAGCAAAUUGAACUCCGUGUCGGUUGACAAAGACGCGGGAACAUUAACCGUCGGCCCUGGUGUCCAUUUCGGCGACGUGCUUGACCCAGUAUUCAAUGCCGGGUACAUGCUACCGACCGGUAGUUGUUCAUGUGUUGGCAUACUGGGAGCAACCGUUGGCGCAGGCAUUGGUCGUCUCUCAGGUCUCUAUGGACUACUGCUGGACCAGCUGAUAUCUGCCCGUGUCGUAACGGCCGUUGGCCAGAUGGUGACAGUCUCGAACGACACCAACCCAGACUUAUUCUGGGGCAUACGCGGGGCCGGCGCGAACCUCGGUCUCCUGACUUCGGCGACCUUUCAGCUUUCGCCUCUCGUGAACAACGGAGAUUUUUCCAGCUACGACAUGAUCUUCCCGGCCGCGAAGAACGGAUCUUACUUCGACGUUCUGGCGUCAUUCAACGAUGGGUCUAGCGCAUUCCCAGCGAAGUUAUCCGCAGCAUCUGCUAUUUCAUAUAAUAGCACAACCGGGGAGAUACUAGCCAAUUGGGCAUACGUGGGAAGCCAAGACGAGGCGGAUCUGAUCAUCAAACCAGUCCUAGAUCUCGACCCAUCUUACAUCGAUCGCAGAGUGAUCUCCUGGCCCAGGUUCACCGCAGAAGCUCAGUUCGGGUUGGAUGCCGCUCUAUGUGAAGUCAACAAGACAAACGACAUAUAUGGUAUAAACACGAAGAACCUUGAUACGGCCACCUUCACAUCAAUAUUCAAGCAGGUUGGGGACUACUAUGCACAGUGGCCGGAUGGACAAGGCACGACAAUAACACUCGAAGCCUUCCCAAACCAGGCGAGCCUGGCUGUUCCAGAGGAUGCAACAGCGUAUCCAUGGAGGGAUGCCCAAUAUAACAUCCUAUUGCAGUUUACAUGGGAAGCAUCGGGGAACACGGUGGAAGAGCCAUCAACGAGGCUCGCACAAAGCAUUCGUGAGCAGAUUGCGUCUAGCUCAGGUUAUGGCGGUUUGACUGUCUAUGUGAACUAUGCACAUGGAGACGAGCAGAUCGAGGAGAUCUACGGAAGAGAUAAGCUGUCUCGCUUGGUGGAGUUGAAAAGGGCAUGGGAUAGUAAUAACGCCUUCAGUUUUAACAACCCUUUACCUACGUAA